AUGCUUGCGCAAGAAGGAGAGGAGGACCUGCUCCUCCGCGAGGCCAUGGAUCUGACGCUUCAUGCUGCGGCGGAGGAUGCCAAGGAUGCCGGCUUCGAGAGGUCUGCGACAUCGACUGCCGGUCAAAAGGAGAGGGGAACCGUCGCGGCGUCUUCACAGAUGGAGCUAGAGAGAACCAUAACACCGUGGGAGGAAUGGACGCCGCACGCAACCUCAACGCCACACCCGAGCCCUACGUCUUCGACCUCGCUGCUCAGUCCUGUAGAGGCUUGGGGUGCACUUGCGACAUCGACGGUCCAUCACGAGUACCCGCGCAGCUCGGGGAAGAAUGAGACAACAUGA